GUUGAAAGUUUAUCAACAAAUAAGCACACAUAAAAUAAAUCACUGAAAUUACAAAUCACAGUGUUAACAAAUCAAAUUGUAGAAAUAUGUUAACUGCCAAGAUUGGUAAAGUGGGCAAAGUGCUGAUAUGUGGCAUGAAAGGGGUCGGCAAAACGUCGCUGCUGGAGCAAUUAAUUUAUGGCAACGUCACAAUGGACACGGAAAUUCAUCCCACUAUUGAGGAUAUAUACGUGGCUAGUGUGGAUACGGGACGUGGCGGUGCUCGAGAAACUCUUCGCAUUUACGAUAGCGCCGGCCUACAGGGAAAGGGUCAACUACCACGCCACUAUCUCUAUUUUCCCGAUGGUUAUGUGUUGGUCUAUGAUCCUACAGAUCCCAGCAGCUUGGAUAUGUUGGCUGAUAUCAAAAUUGAUAUCGACCGCAAUAAGGAGAAAAAGGAUAAUGUAGCAAUAAUUGUGUUGGCGAAUAUGAGAGCUCGUAACAGACGUGAAUCACCUGCGUCGCCGCCAACUCAAGUGAUACAACCACAAGUACAACAGCAACAGCCCGAUCCUGUAGAAUCUGUUUUAAAUCGAGCGAAUAGUUGGUGUGCACGUGAACGUAUAAAGCAUUACACGGUAAAUGCAAUGGAACGCCCGUCGCUAUAUGAACCAUUUAUAGCUUUAUGUGCACGUUUGCAUCCACCACCGACAAAGAGUAGCUUCCCACAACUGCGUCAGGUGAUGCAGAAAACGCAGAAGAGUGAUAGCUAGGACGGGGAAUCGGAUGGCGGCGGUGACAAUAUGCUAUGGUGUAUUGCUGGCUGCCAGCGAAUCGGCGGUGGGGGUGGUGGGCAGUAAUGCAAAAUCAACUGUAUUGUAAAGUAUUAAAAUGUACAUUCAUACAUAUGCAAAUGUGAGUCCGUUAAAAGGACCUAUAUGCACUCAUUUGUGUUGGUGGGUACACAUUUCGAUAAUCUCAAAUUUUCUACAAUAUUAGUACUUAAUUAUUAAUUAACGUGUGCAAGAUAUCUCCAUUAUAAAUGGCACUUAAAGUAAAUAAAAUAAAUAUACGCAUAACAAAAUAA